AUGGACCCCAAACAAACCCCCGGUCGGGACUCCAAGGGCGAGCCCAAGCCCGAGGCCAAAGUUGAUGUCAAGGGGGACGGUGCCGAGGCGAAACCUAGCGCCAAAGCUGAGGCGAAGCCGCGGCCCAAGAUCGUGUUUAAGAACCCGGCAUUCCGUGCCAUGGGGCUCAAGCAGAUCACGUUGCCGCUGAGAAACUGGAUCAUCUUCUGGACGGUGGUGGGGCUGAUUGGCGGAGCUAUUUAUUACGAUAACCGUGAACGCAAAGCUGUUCGCCAGCGGUUAUGUGACCAGCUUGCUCCCUUAGGUGAGCGCACUUACCAUGCCAAUGAGUUACCGCGGAAAUUGACCAUCUACAUCGCCCCUCCUCCCGACGACUACCUUGACGAGUCGGUGAAAUUGUUCCGCAAAUACAUCAAGCCGUUCUUCAACGCUGCUGCCCUUGAUUUUGAGAUUUUCUCCGAGAGAAGACAGGGGGACAUCAGAGCCACUGUGGCGCAAAAGAUCCGAGAGUUGAGACAGAAACAGGUUGACGACCGGGUCAAGGCUGAGCUCGAGCGUCAACAGAAGCAAAAGGAGGCGCUGUGGUCGGCUACCAUUGCCAGAGAGUGGGGUAAAGUGAAGGGGGUAUUCUCCAAGCGCAAUAUUGAGGAGGAAGAAGAACGUACCACUCCCCUUAGAGAUCUUUAUAACACUCUGGACGUGUUGGGUCUUUAUAAGGUGAUGGAACCGAUCAAAGUGGUGAAAGAAGACUCUUUAGACACCGUCCACGCCGGUGGGGUGGUGUGUAUUGGUCGUGGGGCGUACAAGGAAUACUUGCACGGGGUCCACGAAGGGUUAUUAGGGCCUUUGACUAAACCUGAUUGGCUUGUUGAACAAGAGGAGCAAGAACGGAGAGAGAGAAUGGUGAAGAAGCUUAAAGACCAAGCUAAGGAUAAAGGUGAAGACCCCGAGUUGAUCACCCUUGAUCUGAUUGAUCCCACUCAACCGUUCGAAGAAGAGGCCCCCGUGACUAAACCCUUCAUCAAGACGGAAGACUACGCUAAUGCUCCCCUUGCGCCUGAGCUUAAUAUGACUCAGAUGGUGCUUAAUGACGAUGGCGUCCCCGUGGUGUUUGAGCAGCCGGUGUACGUGAUCCCGGUGCCCAAUUUGAGUGGGUUCCGCAACUUCCCGCGGAUGAUCUACCGGUGGUUCCACAAGCGUGAUCUCGCUGAGGCGAUGGCGGAACGGGCGUUGGUGGUGAUCAACGACGCCCCGCGACCGUUUGAGUUUAAGGAUACCAUGGCUGCCGGCGAGGAGGAGCUUGACUGGCCCAAAAAGUGGGUGGAACGGGGCAAGGAGCGUGGCUCGGAGUGGGUGCAAGAACUUAUCACCGACGAUCGGGUGACGGGUCGCAUGAGAACGUACGAGGGCACCACCAAGGAAUUGUAA